AUGGCAGCGUGCUCGAGCUCUACAAGCAAGAAAAGGCAACUAUCCAGAGAUGGAAAAAACGGCGCGGAUAAGAAGAAUGCUCCUGCCACCGCAGUCCUGGACCGACUGAGGGAGAAGGGCGACGAAAAUGACGUCAACUUCCAUCGCUACAUCUCUACCGUGAAGCUAUAUGCUCAUCGUAAUGGCUUAGCACAUUGCAAGCCAUUUGAACUGUCGAAUCACGCAGACAGUUCGGGGGAAGUUGAUUGGUCCCGCCUUGCUAGAACCUUCGCGAAGAAAAUAGUGAAGGUGAAAAGAGAAGUACAUAAGGGCGAGCUAGAUGAAGGAAAGUAUGGCUUGUGGAUAACGCUCAUACGAAUUCUUCGCAAGGCGUGGGACACUGAUGGCCAGUCCGAGAGGAGAAACCAGAAUGUGGAACUGGCAAUACGAUAUCAUCAAACUACUUCUGAGGUACCAUGGGUUGAGAUCAUUCACAACACUAUACUUGCGGUGUACUUGCGGUGGGAUACCACUGGCGAGAAAUGGCAGCCUACGGGAUAUGGAGAAAAGAAAGCCGUGGAAAUGGACAAGCAUAAGCCGAGAGAGCCACUAAGGCUAGGCGUCAGCAUUUAUAAGGAAUUACGGCAGCGAACGGACGAGGUGUGUUGGAUUCACGACUAG